CCUUCCUAUCAUCUUUCUUGGCGUCAUCAUUCAGUCUGUGCAAGGCGAGCUAGCUAACUGUUUCCUCUGUCGACCGCUGCAGCCCUGAUAAACAUGUAGCCGUUUAAUCGGUAUAACUAGCUCUGUUGGUAUUAAGCGUUGUCGGUAGCGUUAAACACCUUGGUAAUACUUCGAGCAACCAUGUCUGCGUUGCUGAAAAUGGCAGCUUCGGUACGAGGACUGUAUGGUGUUAGUUUGAUAGCUAGCACUAUAUAGCUAACGUUAGCUAGCUAGCAGGCAGGCCUGUGUGCAUGAAGCUGGGCUCGCGAAAUAGACAGCUAGCCGUUCGUUGGCAGCUAGGGCAGGCUAAAUCGAGCUUAGCCAAACAAAGAAAGAUGACAAGCCUGUAGCUACCGUUAGCUGAAUAGCAAACGCCAAGGAGAGGGGAAAACAUGAAGAAAUCGAGAAGUGCCGGUGCCUCAUCACCACUGAAUGGAAAACAAGACUGGGACUCCAGGCGCAAGAGGAAAAUCGCGGACAUCACCCAGGCCCUGAGUGUGUGUCCGGUGGAUGUAGCAGCUCUGAGGAGGAUGGCCAUCAGUGAGGGAGGACUGCUGACUGAUGAGAUCCGCUGUCAAGUAUGGCCACGGCUUCUCAACGUGCCAGCACACAUCCUGGAACAGGAACCAGAAAGGGUAGAGCGGGAGAAUAACAAGGACUACAACCAGGUGCUGCUGGAUGUCCAGCGCUCACUACGGAGGUUCCCACCUGGUAUGCCAGAUGAGCAGAGGGAGGGUCUUCAGGAAGAGCUAAUUGACAUCAUCCUCAGAGUUUUGAAGCGAAAUCCCCAGCUACAUUACUACCAAGGAUACCACGACAUUGUUGUCACCUUCCUAUUGGUCCUGGGCGAGCGUCUAGCAACGGCUCUGGUGGAGAAGCUGUCCACACAUCACCUCAGGGACUUCAUGGAUCCCACCAUGGACAACACUAAACAUAUUUUGAAUUAUCUGAUGCCCAUCAUUGAGAGGGUCAACCCUGAGGUGCAUGACUUCAUGCAGCAGGCAGAAGUGGGCACCAUUUUUGCCCUCAGUUGGCUUAUCACCUGGUUUGGCCACGUCCUGUCAGACUUCCGCCAUGUUGUCCGGUUGUACGACUUUUUCCUGGCCUGCCAUCCACUGAUGCCCAUCUACUUUGCUGCUGUGAUUGUGCUGUACAGAGAAGAGGAAGUGUUGGACUGCGAAUGUGACAUGGCCAUGGUCCACCACCUGCUGUCCCAGAUCCCCCAGGACCUGCCAUACGAGACCCUCAUCAGCCGUGCAGGAGACCUCUUUGUCCAGUUCCCGCCCUCUGAACUGGCCAGAGAGGCUGCCACACAGGAGAGUACGGCAGCAUCUACCUUUACGGACUUUGGCUUAGCAUCCACUCAGCAGCGACCAGACUCCGUUCUCCGUCGCCGUCGUCGACAGAAACAGGCAUUGGAGAACUCUGGGGCAGGACCAGUAGUGGCAGUGGCCCAGCCUUCAGCAACCCGGCGGUUCAUGCGAUUGGCUGUCAUGGGCUUGACAGUGGCUCUUGGGGCAGCAGCUCUUGCUGUGGUCAACACUGCUCUAGAGUGGGCUCCCAAACUCGACCUGUUUCCUUGAUCUUUCCCUUUGACCCCGACACUCCAACUCAUCUGCUGUUAAUUUAAUCUCUGUGGUGGGUCUGUUUCCAAGACCCUUUAAUGCUUGAACAGCCUGCAGCCAGUAUCUGGAGUGGACUGUCUGUCCAUCUUACUUUUUGUCUCCACCUGGCUGUGUCUACACAUCCUACCCAGGACUGCUAAGGCUCUGCUUAGGACCCUUUUGUGGCUCUUUUUCCAAAGAGUGUCCACCAGUAUAACUGCAACAACAGCUGGUGCUUGGAAGGAAGAAGGAUCCAUCCUGUAAUAGUGAAGAGAUGUAUUUCUGAAAACUGUCAUUGAUGAUAACAUUGUCAAAGUUAAUUUAUAUUUGGAAAUAGGAUAAUCUUGAUUAAUAAAUGUAAUGCUCACUGAGAUUUAGGCUGUUCAGGCAAAAGGUUGGUGGUCACGAAGCUUGAAACUGCUGCCAAUGAAGUGUGUGUGUGUGUGUGUGUGUGUGUGUGUGUGUGUGUGUGUGUGUGUGUGUGUGUGUGUGUGUGUGUGUGUGUGUGUGUGUGUGUGUGUGUGUGUGUGUGUGGUUCAACCCCAUUUAUUCUGUAUUUGAUACCUGGACUGAGACCAAAUAGAGGAUUGUUCUAGUCCUCUGUAUGUUUGUUUUGUGUUUAAUUUUGUAAUUUUAUAGGUAUCUAAGUAGCUGUAAGGGCACAUAAUCAUGACACACAGGCACUUUUUAGAGGCCACAUAAACGGGCAGUUGAGGUCAUCAUUUCAUCAUUUUCCAAGGUAAUCAUGUUCCCUAAAAGUUGUUUCUUGAACCCUUUUUCCAGCUAAAACACAAAAGAGAACUUAUCUUCGUUUCCAUUUGAACUCAGCUUCUUAAAAAAAAGUCACUCUUCUCUAACCAUUUUGGUUUCUGGCCCUGUUGAAUUAAAAGGCCUUUACUAAAUUUUACUUGUUUGUGCUAAGACUCCAUGUGUAGUCUACUUAUUUAUUUAUAUUUAUUAACGAAAAAGAUUUAUGUUAUUAAGUUUAACCUGUUUUGUAUCUGAUAGUACUCAUGUCUACAGAUUGGGUCACAUGUUGGAAUACAAUGUGUAUAUUCAAGAAAGAACAAUUCAUCCAUGGAAAAAUGGUUCAUCUACUGUACAGUUGGCAACUGCUUAGUGAAUUGUUUCAGCUACACCACACUGAAUGUGUGUCUGUGUGUCAUGGCCUCAGUUAUCUAUGGUAAGCAUUUUGCCUCACGCUUCACUGGAGUGGAUUAUUAAAAUCUCUCCUCACAGUUCAGCAGCACAUACUCACACAAUGGCCUGGUCACAGAGAAAAUAUCAGAACUGGGAUAAAGUGCAAUUGAAAUGAAGUGGAUACUGUAUUCUUUGGGUUGACAGUGGGCGACCUGAUUAGUACUGAAUGCAUUACAUUUGCGGAAACACUUAGAAGUUUGUUUAGACAAAGAUGCUUGUCUCAUUCCCACUGGAAGGACACUCGUCAGAAAAUUCACCUAAACCACUGAAUUGACUAUAUCCAAUACUUUAAUAUUUUUUUUAAACUUGGAUUCAGCUUGAAUUGAAUACAUUAUGUGGAGUUCAUCGGGCCGCUUUGGUUGAGUAAUGGAUGGGCAGUUCUUUUCCUGCUUAUUCCAAUAUUCAAGGCACAUUCAUUCAAUCGUAUUUGUUCUACGGAAUCACAUACAUUUCAGUGGUAUUCUGCCUAAGGUCUGGAAAUUUUAAUUCACUUUAAUGCCCCAGUCUUACAGAAAAUACACAACAAACCGCUUUUGAGAGCACGUCUGAACACAACACUUCUGAGUCAUCCUUGGCUGUGUUCCAGGUUACCUCCACCAAUACUCACUGAAGGUGAGAGGUUGAGAGAUUUUUUUUUUUUUGCUGUACAAUAGACUGAACACUUGGAUGUCCCACUUCCACAAAACGUAGUAUAAAUGGCCUUUUUACUGAAGUACUUAUUUAGGUGGUAGGGAUCUACAUUCAUUACAUUUAAGGUGACCUGGAACAGUCAAAGCUGCUUGGAGGUGCUUGUGAGUACAGUUGUUCAGUAUUAUAAUACAUCAUAUAUCUGCACUCCGUGGUUUUGUUUCAUUUUUAUUGCACUAAAUGAUUUGCCUUUUAUGUUUAUUUUGUUAUGAGAAAAUCUGUUAUACUAAUGUAUAGUUGUACAAGCGAAUGCUAAUAAACUAGAGUGAAGAUGUA